UAAAUGAUGUGUGUGGUUGUUACAGGGAGCAGAGGACAAACUGAACAUGAUCAGGGCGUACCGCAGCCAGGUGGAGAAGGAGCUCCGCGACAUCUGCUCAGACAUCCUCGGCGUUCUGGACAAACACCUCAUACCCAGCUCACAGACCGGCGAGUCCAAAGUCUUCUAUUACAAAAUGAAGGGCGACUACCACCGGUACCUGGCGGAGUUCGCGACGGGCAACGACCGCAAGGAGGCGGCCGAGAACUCGCUGGUCGCGUACAAGGCCGCCUCCGACAUCGCCAUGACGGAACUGCCCCCCACACACCCCAUACGCCUCGGCCUCGCGCUUAACUUCUCCGUAAGUACUCCGCGACACACCAUUAACUAGGACCAAUCUGAACCC